AUGGCUCCUAGUAAAGGAGAUACCAUAAAAUAUACAUCACUGAUAGUUCUGGUAGUCCAGAACUGCUCACUGGUGCUUUUCAUGCGAUAUGCGAUGACCAAGGACAGAGCGAAGUUCUUGAAGACUAUCACAGUCUUCUUCGGAGAAAUUUUCAAAUGCACAGUGAGUCUUCUGCUGGCGUGUGUGGAGGAGAAGAGUCUUGUCAAAGGCCUGAAACGUAUCCAUCACGAAUUCUUCGUCAACUGGAAAGACACUUUGAAAGUAUUAGUGCCAGCUGCGAUAUAUACCGUCCAAAACUUCCUUCUCUACGUGGCAGUCGACAAUCUUCCAGCUGCCACUUACAUGGUCACAUAUCAGUUGAAAAUUUUAACGACAGCUGGAUUCACUGUCCUUGUUCUUAAGCGUCGUCUGUCAGUUCAACAAUGGAUUUCUUUAUUAGUUCUCUUCGCUGGAGUCGUUGUUGUUCAAUAUGAUCAAAAGAUGUCGAAUGAGCGCGAGGCUGCUGCUCGUGCCAAUAUCUCCACCACCGUUGCUCCAUCCACAGUACCUCCGUUCUCAAACUUAACUUCCACUCUGGCGACUGUUGUCACAACAGCUUCAACUCCCGGUAUAACAGAAAAUUCCAUCCUGGGAUUCAUUGCCGUUCUCAUAGCAUGUGUGCUCUCUGGGUUCGCUGGAAUAUACUUCGAGAAGAUUCUGAAAGGUUCAAACGUGUCUAUCUGGAUCAGAAACAUACAACUUGCUCUUCCAUCCAUUUUCUUCGCAUUUUUGUUCGCAUCGGUCAAAGACAAUUCCAGUCUUUAUGCUGAUGGAGUGAAUCCAGUGAGCAUUUGGGAUAACAUGUUGCAAGGAUUCGAUUGGGCUGUGUGGGUUACUGUCGCUGUCAAUGCAUUCGGAGGACUCGUCGUAGCUGUCGUGAUUAAAUACGCCGAUAACAUAUUGAAAGCGUUUGCAACAUCCCUCGCCAUUGUUCUCAAUUGUAUCGCUGCUUACUUCUUAUUCAAUUUCCGUCCAACUAUCCUUUUCCUUGUCGGAGCAUCUGGAGUUAUUGCAGCUGUUUUCGCGUACAGUCUUUAUCCAUACAAAGCUUCUCAUCAAGCGUUACCAACGGAUGCACCCAAAGAGACUGAACUUCAGCCACUGGAAACCAACAAAGCAUGA